CAGUUGCUGUGGCAACACGUUUGCGUAGGCGGAAAAGGGGGAAACAUUUUUACAGCGGACUGUGUAGCUAAGCAGAGAGUUCCGGCUCUCCUUGGCCAUCCUGCAGCCUUAAAGAGUAACUGGAUCUACUGUGAGGCAAUUCGUGGAGCAGCUGGGGCUCGGUACCAGCUCUAGCUCUGUGAAGGGCGUCCUCUGCACAUGCCGGUCGUUAGAGUCAAUCAGUGUCUCCACGGCCUCAAGGCUGGCUGAGCAGCUGGCUGCCCGCUUGGCGCCCCACUUCCAUGUCACAGCUGAAGAAUGUGGAAGCCAGGAUCCUCCAGUGUCUCCAGAACAAGUUCCUGGCCCGAUAUGUGUCCCUCCCGAACCAGAACAAGAUCUGGACGGUGACUGUGAGCCCCGAGCAGAAAGACCGUACCCCCCUGGUGAUGGUGCAUGGCUUCGGGGGUGGUGUGGGCCUUUGGAUCCUCAACAUGGAUUCGCUGAGUACCCGCCGUACCCUGCACACCUUUGACCUACUUGGCUUUGGGAGAAGCUCGAGGCCCACGUUCCCCAGGGACCCAGAGGGAGCCGAGGAUGAAUUUGUGGCCUCCAUAGAGACUUGGCGGGAGACCAUGGGCAUCCCCAGCAUGAUCCUCCUGGGGCACAGCUUGGGAGGGUUCCUGGCCACCUCCUACUCCAUCAAGUAUCCUGAAAGAGUUAAGCACCUCAUCCUGGUGGACCCAUGGGGCUUCCCCCUUCGACCAACUGACCCCAGUGAGAUCCGCACACCCCCCACCUGGGUCAAGGCCGUGGCCUCUGUCCUGGGACGUUCCAAUCCGCUGGCUGUUCUUCGAGUAGCUGGGCCCUGGGGGCCCGGCCUGGUGCAGCGGUUCCGGCCUGACUUCAAGCGCAAGUUUGCAGACUUCUUUGAAGAUGACACCAUAUCAGAAUACAUCUAUCACUGCAACGCACAGAACCCCAGUGGUGAAACGGCCUUCAAAGCCAUGAUGGAGUCCUUUGGCUGGGCCCGGCGCCCCAUGCUGGAACGAAUUCACUUGAUCCGCAAAGACGUGCCCAUCACCAUGAUCUAUGGGGCCAACACCUGGAUAGACACCAGCACCGGCAAAAAGGUGAAGAUGCAGCGGCCAGAUUCCUACGUCCGGGACAUGGAGAUCGAGGGUGCCUCACACCAUGUCUACGCUGACCAGCCACACAUCUUCAAUGCUGUGGUGGAAGAGAUCUGCGACUCGGUGGAUUGAGCGGCUCUCUCCAGAGGAAGAGGAGAAAGCCAGAAAGUCACUCUAGCCCCCCUGUCUGCUUACUCACCCCCUCUCUCCUUUCCUCUCCAACUAACACGUGCCAGCCAGGCAGAGUCUUGGGGCUGACCUCAGGACAGGACCACAGCGAAAACAGAGCUCUCCGGACCCACGCCAGGACUGGAGCCAGAAGCCACAAGAGGCCUUGCAUUCCCAACCAGGGAAGCACAUAAAGGGUUGUCCAGUACCACCCAAUUCUCUCCAUGCCACAUGUUACCCAGGUGAUGGUUAUGAAGGGGUGAUUAUACUGAGCCACAUUCCUUCCCAAUGUAGAUUUUCCUUCCUUCCUAGCAGCCUUCCUAGCUCUGGAAUGUUUUGGGGGGAUAGGUUCCAUGCAACAACAUCUUCCUCAAUCACCCCACACCCACCCUGAUCCAUGCCAAGUCCAUCCAGGUUCUGGCUGGGACCAGUUCACAUUUAAUUACCAAGAGCAGAGGAUGGAGUACCAUUCACCUGCAGAAUCCCUUUUGGAAGACAGGAGGUCAUACCCCAAAAGACCUCAUUGGCAGAUGAGGAAACAGGCCAGGGCAGGACAUAGCUGGCCCAUGAUAGAUGGUACAGCUCCAUGUGAGAUUCAAGCUCCAGCAAAGCUCAGACAUGAACCCAGAUCUGCUGACACUCAGUGCUUAUGCAGCCUUGAUUUCUGCUAAGUUUCAAUACAGGCACCAUUGCCAUGAGGCCAUCAGGCUGGUCAGAGUCAGCAGCCAAGGACAACCCAUGCCUGCUCCAUGUGCCAGGCCCAUUGUUCAGGACUGCUGUUCUCCUGCCCUAUCAGCCCUGGCUGCCUACGUUGGGGACACUCUGCCGCUUCCCUUCUCCCCGCCCCCUGCCUUUCUUCCUCCCAACCAGGAGGCCUCUUAGCCUCCCUCUGUGCCUUGGGCCCUGGAGCCCCACAUGAAAUAUUGAACAAAGGUGGCUCCUGGCAGGGUAGAGAGGGGAAAGGCCCUUUGCCCGUCAAU